GUGGAACCUCAAGAGUGUCAAGAGGUCCAGCCAACCGCGUGGCAGCGAUAAAAACCACACCAGGCUACUAAUUAACACAUGCAGAAAUCGUCCCAGUCCAAGCCAGACUAGACUGGCCACUAGUUGUCCCCAUUGACGCACAGCAGGGGGCGGACAAGUUCACUCUCGGGAAGGAGGGGAACCUAGAAAGCUCCCAGACACUCGGAGUUCAAGAUAAGACCAGGGUCAACUCGAGUUCUCCCACACAGAAAUACACCACACUACAUACACGCAACCGAAGACACCUCCUGCGGGGCAAACACCAUUUCGAGAGAAGCUUCUUGUUGUCUUCUAGAGAGACUAAUGCGUACACUAGGCCACUGAAGGGGACACACAUCCGAGUCCGUCAGCCCUUUGUCAUCAACACUUGGAGAGAAGGAAAAAAAAAAAAGAGGUAGCAUUGCUUCCUACCUGCUCAAACAAGCACUCUACAUAUACUACAUUUACAUCCAGCGUCGAUCCGGAACCCCCAUUACAAUACCACCCGAUCCCACUUCACACUGGGUAACUCACACAAGAAAAAAUCCUCCAUCCGAUCCCGUCAGUUCGGUCCCACCCCGGAGACCGGAACCAGGGCCCUUUGAGGCGUGUCAUAGGCACCUUUAACCCCUUCCUAUACUACCUAUAACCCUGCCCAUCCAUCAGCUUCUGGCCUGCCGUGGACAGCUGUGGUUCACGUACAGUGUGCCAUAGUCUGUGUGUCAGGCCAAGCGAUAUCUCACUCCUUUGAUAUUGACUGGUCUCUUCUGUCGUCAAAUCUACACCCUUUCUCUCCACAGAUACCAUCACUCAUAACAUAUUCCUUAUGAAGGACACCCUCACGUCAUCCGUGUCAAUGUAACCAGCGAACCGAUCACCCUCCUUUUUUUAUCCCCAAACAUGGCUGGAUUCGAUCAGGAUAUCGAGCUCAGUGCUUACUCACACUCUCACGGACUUGGAAUCAGUGGUAAUGGUCGCAGUGGUCGACAGCGCAGCAUAGCCGAGGCAAGCAGCUUCACCCUCGGCGGCGCCUCCCCUUCUCCCCGGACCAAGUCCUUUGCCGAUGUCUCACCUGGCGGCAGCCAUGGCCGCUCGAAAUCCAUUGCUGCUGCUAGUGACGGCGCCGGUGGAGGCUUCCACGGUACCAUGAGUCGCUUCGUGGACUCCUUCCGCCGCGGCGACGGCACCAUCAACAAAAAUCUCGACUUGGACGACGACAACAAUACCAGCUCACAUGGGUACUCUUCCCACAGCAUCUCGCGCGGCCAUGGCGGCACGAGAUACUAUGACUUGCGCCCGGGAACUGGCAAAAUAAACACGCCCAGCUCGCUGCUGGCUAGAGAGCUAAAGGGCCGGCAUCUGCAGAUGAUUGCCAUUGGAGGGUCCAUCGGGACGGGUUUGUUCGUUGCCUCUGGCAAGACAUUGAGCGACGGCGGACCGGCGAGUGUGUUGAUUGCCUAUCUCAUCAUUGGCGUCAUGCUGUUUUGCACGAUACAGGCCUUGGGCGAGCUGGCUGUCAUUUUCCCCGUAGCCGGAUCCUUCUCGGCCUUCUCGACGAGAUUCUUGGAUCCAAGUUGGGGAUUUGCUAUGGGGUGGAACUACGCUCUGCAAUGGAUCGGGGUACUACCACUUGAAGUAUUAGCCGGCGCCAUGACAAUAGGAUACUGGAAUAAAGAAAUCAACAAAGCCAUAUUCGUCACCAUUUUCCUGGUCAUCAUCUUCGUCAUCAAUCUUUUUGGCGCAAAAGGAUACGGCGAGGCAGAGUUCAUCUUUGCCAUCAUCAAAGUUACCGCGGUGGUAGGAUUCAUCCUUUUAGGUAUCGUCAUCAACAUAGGCGGCACCCCUACCGAAGGCUACAUCGGCGGCAAAUACUGGGAGGACCCCGGUGCCUUCCACAACGGCUUCAAAGGUCUCUGCUCCGUCUUCGUCACCGCCGCCUUCGCCUUCGCCGGCACUGAACUCGUUGGCCUGGCAGCCGCCGAGACCGCCAACCCGCGCAAAUCGCUCCCCACCGCCAUCAAGCAGGUUUUCUGGCGUAUUUCGCUCUUCUAUAUCGUUAGUAUGACGCUCGUCGGUCUGCUCGUCCCCUACAACGAGCCUCGUCUCCUCAACGCCCAAAACAUUGCCGACGCUUCCGCCUCGCCUUUUGUCAUCGCCAUCGAAUCCGCCGGCGCUACGGUCCUCCCCUCCGUCAUGAACGGCGUUAUUCUCAUCUCGGUCAUCUCCGUCGGUAACUCCGCCGUCUACGGCUCCUCGCGCACUUUGGCUGCCCUGGCCGAACUAGGCCAAGCCCCCGCCAUCCUCGCCUACGUCGACCGCCGCGGCCGUCCCAUCGUCGCCAUCCUCGUCACCAUGGCCGUCGGCCUGCUCGCGUACCUGGGCGACGUCCCCUCGCAGAAAAACAUAUUUGACUGGCUCCUGGCCAUCUCAGGCCUGUCCUCCAUCUUGACCUGGGCAUCCACCUGUCUCGCGCACAUCCGUCUGCGCAAAGCGUGGGCGUACAACCACCGCUCGGUGCAAGACAUUGCCUUUAAAGCACAGGGCGGCGUGAUUGGUUCGUGGAUCGGGUUUGUUCUUAAUGUUCUGGUGUUGGUGACACAGAUAUGGGUGUCGAUCGACCCGCUCCACCAGGGCGACACACCGUUGACGACCAAAGAGCGGGUGCGCAGUUUCUUUGUGAGCUGCUUGGCGAUUCCGGUGGUGUUGAUUUGUACGAUUGUGCAUAAGUGGUACUAUAAGACGAAGUGGGUAAGGAUCGAGGAUAUGGAUGUGGACACGGGAAGGCGAGAUUUUGGACGGUUGGGCAUUAUCAAGGCCCAGGAGAAGGAGGAGAGGAUGGGGUGGCCGAGGUGGAAGCGGGUUUACCGGUUUAUGUGCUGAUUUUGCAGUGCAGUGCAGUGCAGUGGUUACUGCCUGUGUGAGAAUGGAGGAGAGGGAAGGCAGGCCCGCAGGCUCGGUGGGCUGGAGAGUAAGAUACCCGCAGGUGAUGUCCUGGACAGGAUCUGGAUCCAUGUGGAGGAAGGUCGGUUGAUUUGUAUAUCGGAUUGGAUGGCUAUGAACAGGAUGCUUUGAUAUCAACGAUGGGAGACGCAUGUAUAUAGAUGUAAUAGUAAUCACAUGUGAUGAUGAACUAGCAAAUUGUUGU